AUGGGAGACCGAAGCCGCAGCCGCGAUGGGAAGCGCAAGGAUAGCCGCAGCCCCCGCAAAAAGGACAGCAGGAGCCGAAGCCGCAGCAAGUCUGGACAGGGCAGGACGAAGAAGCCUGAUGACUAUGGGGUUGACACCAUGAAGAUCACCGACGACGAUGCAGCAUUCAUCCUGGGCAAAGGUGGCAAGACCAAGGAGAAGAUCGCCCGGGUUUCCGAAGCAGAGAUCGAGCUGUUUGAGCGUGACCUGGUGCUGGAGAUCCGGGGCUCCAAGAUGCAACGCCGCCGGGCCAAGAAGUAUGCGGAAGGUGUGAUGGCGCAACGUACUGGGCCGGUGACGGUGGAUGAGAACUACGACGAUGGGGACUUGACCAUGCUUAGGGUGCCACAAGAGGCUGUGGGAUUUGUCACGGGCAGAGCCGCACAGCUGCAAGAGGCGUGA